AUGUCUAAGUCGUGUAAAAGCGUUUGUCAUCCAAGAAAUGUUGUCUCCAUAGCUCUACUGAGUCUUUCAUUUAUAUUUUUAUCGUUAAUAACUAUUAUUUCAUCCGAAACUAUUGCAAAAGUACCCGAUUUUGAAUCCAAUACCGGAUUGAAUAACAUUUAUAGAAGCAGUGAAUCCAAUGUUAUUCAUAAAAAUCCUUUGAGAAAUAAUUUGGCAAAUUUGAGGGGAAUUUUAUCAAAAAGGGCUAAUAUUAGGUAUUUACGUAACGUUUUGGACGCUUUGGACACUAAAUUGGAAAAAUUUCAGAAGAGAAACUGUUAUAUAAACGCCGGAAUGAACCAUAACUGCGAUUUUAAAGAUCUGAUAUCAGCUCUGAACGCCCGGCGCUUCUGGGAGUCAACACAUUCACCCGGCAGACGAAAGAGACAUACUUUGAGCCCUAAAUUUGUGAAAAGUUUAUUCAAAAAACCAACACUUUUCACAACACUUCCUAACUCUCAAUAAAUUUAAUUUUGUUUCUUUUAAUUCAUUAAUUUUGUUUUGUUUUCACACUAUUAAACCAAAUGUUAGACCGAUAUACGUAUGAAUAGUGAUAUCAAUUGUUAUAAUUAUUAAUUUUUACAAUAA